UGGGAUUACCAUCACAUUUCAUAGGUAAAUUCGUGACGUUACGAAGACGUUAAGAAAGAGAGAUAUUGGUGUUUGUUUCAUUUCAGUGCUAACGUUAACUGAUUGAUACAUCGACUUGAUAUCGUGAGUGCAGUGAUCAGCUGUGGUCAGCAGAUUAUUAUGGAUCAGGAAGACUAUUUGACGAUACUGAAAAUUCUUAUGAUAGGCGAAUCCAAUGUAGGGAAAUCGAGCAUACUCCUGAGAUUCACUGAGGAUGAGUUCUACGAAAACAUGCAGAGCACAGUCGGGAUGGACUACAAGACAAAGCAGGUUACCAUCGACGACAAUGUAGUGAAACUUGCUAUUUGGGACACCGCCGGCCAGGAACGAUUUCGCACAUUAACACCGAGUUAUUACAGAGAUGGUCAAGGUGCUAUCCUAAUGUAUGAUGUUACGGAUCGAAAUACCUUUGUGAAAUUGGAGACAUGGCUCAAUGAGUUGAAUACAUACUGCAAUAAAACAGAUAUCAUCAAGAUGGUAGUAGGCAAUAAAAUAGACUUGUCAAAUAGAGAGGUGAGCACCGAAGAAGGUCUACAAUUUGCUAGAAGGCACCAAACUCUAUACAUUGAGAGCAGCGCAAAAACAGCAGAUGGCGUAAAAUGUUGCUUUGAAGAACUUGUACAAAAGAUUAUACAAACACCUGGUCUUUGGGAUACUUAUUCUACACGACUAUAUGACAACGGUACUAUGGGUGGUGCAAGGCAUCGAAUGGGAAAGAGAGGAAUGCAGUUGAGUAACGAUCAUCCACAGCAAGAUGCGUAUUCAAACUGUUAUUGCAGUUUGCUGUAAUCGACUGUGAAAAGUAUGUGUGCUGAUAACAAUAGUGUAUACAAUGUGUUAAGUUUGAAAAUCUUGCGCGAAAAGUAUUUUAAUUUCGAGGGAUAAACACAUUGAGUGUAAUUUGGAAAGGAUCAAGCUUAAUAAGUCACCACUUCAUACAAGCUAUAUAUUCAGUUUGUGCAAAACUUAUCAGAAGAUAAGCAUGUACAUACUUGCUUCUAUCAAGUACACAUCUAAACGUACAAACUAUCGUUAGAGACUAAGUUGAAUCUGGCUUAGAAAUCUAUGAUGUCGAGCAAAAUUUUGUGUUUGUGUAAAUACAUGAUUUACAAAUACUAAAGAAGUAUUCGUAGACACACUCAAGACAUUUGUAUGGACCCUAGUCGGUGGCUGUGUGUGUCGAUCACGUUUUUGUACCAGUGAAUUCGAACAUUUUUAUAGUCUUUUCGAUUGUGUUUGAUGUUUUAUAUUUUGCACAUAUACGUGCGCUUGACGCAUAUCAUUGUUACAUUUGAAAAACCUGUAUUAUAAUGUAAAAAUA